GGGCCGGCUUAAACUGAGUUCACAAAAAGCGUGCUUUUGCUAGAAGUGCUUCUCUACCAUCACUCUGAAAAGUGUAGUGUACCUAACAGUUCUCUACUUCUCUCUGUAAUCAAUCACAAGUGAUUCCGCAGUGAACGUGAAUGACACAGUCAAUACAGGAAAAUUUCGACAUUCAAAGAUUCUUCACCACAUUGUGACGCUCUUUGAUUCUCCCAGGUUCCAAUUGUUGCAUGAGCCUUUGCUGGUAAGAUCAGUGUUUAAAAUUAACCUCGGUUCCUGUCCUCGGUUUUCGUGUAAUAAUUGAAACAUAUCAGUGUAAGCCUGUUGUAGAGAAAACUAUUGGUUGAUCAACAAUGGCACCCAAUCCAAAAGUUGUAGCGGCAUUCCGCGCAAUGGCGGUCCUUGGGAUUGAGGAAUGCAAAGUGAAACCGGUAUUGAAGAAACUACUUAGAUUGUAUGAUAAAAAGUGGGAACUUAUUGAAGCAGAGAAUUUUAGGGCUCUUGCUGAUGCAAUUUUUGAUGCGGCUGAAAACCAGGAGUUAGAACCAGAGCCUGAGCCGGGAAAGAAAAACAAAAAGGCCGUGGAGGUAGAUGAUGAAGCUCCUGCUCACGAAGAGCCAGUGCGACCUUUGAAGAGGUUGCGUUUAAGAGGUCAAGAUGGUCAAUCAUCACGCCUGCUGUCUAACGGUGGUCCAAGUUCAGCCGCCUUUCCAUUGAAAUCACCUAAACCGGAACCUGGCACAGUACCUGUAAGUAGUUCCAGGCUGCAGCCUCAAAGCACAUCAGUGUUAUCCAAUGGAAAUGCCGCCGUUGACAAGGGAAAGAAGCCUGUAUCACCUGAAGAUACUCUAAGAAGGAGAAGAUCUAUAUCUGAAAGAAAUCCACCUCCAGCGGUGUUUAAAGAACCAGCUGUUGAAUCAGGAACCUCUCCGUUGUCAAAAAACAAAACUCGUCAUCCUUACCCUUUUGUCAUCCCCAAGCCCGAGCCUUUUGAUGAAGGUCCAGAUUAUGUAGUUCCCAUUUCAAUGAUUCUUCCUGAACCAUCAAGUGUUAGAGAGUCUUCGUCGAAGAAUGAUACAGUUGGAGAGCAAGAUGGCAACAACACCGUGGCAUCACAAUACAGAAAUGAAAAUGUUGAAGGUGAAGAUGUUCUUCCUUCCUCAAAUGAAGAAGCGAAUUCUAAUGCUGAGCUAGCCUCAUCAUCUAUGGUUGAGGACCGAUCUGUAAAGGUACUACCAACUGUUAGACUUUCAAAAGAACCAGAGGCAAAUGGCACACUGAUUGACGGAGGAAAUAAAGAUUCCGCAAUACUUUCUUGCGCUGCAAAUGGAUCAACCCCUGUUAAGUCUUCUGCUGCCUUGGUUGCACCCCAAGUUCACGUUUCUCCACCCUGCCCAAGUGGUCCGGAUGAUGCUAUACUAGUUUCCAAGAAGGAUGUUAUGAACAAUUUCUCGGAAAGUGACGGUGUGAAGGAGCCAGGGGAACCUAUGCCUCAAAAUUCAUGUAAUGUAAUGAAUGCUCCAAAGCAUCAUCAUACAACUGAUGAUACAAGGCCUGUUUGUGCUACCAAUGACCUAACAAAGGGAGAAGAAAAAGUGAAAAUUUCAUGGGUGAAUAAUUCUAACAAUGAUAUUCCACCUCCGUUUCACUACAUACCCCGAAACUUGGUGUUCCGAGAUGCAUAUGUUAAUAUUUCUUUAUCUCGUAUUGGGAGUGAAGAUUGUUGUGCUACCUGUAUGGGCAAUUGUGUCUUAUCAUCUAAACCAUGUUCUUGUGCAAAGAAAACUGGAGGGGAUUUUGCCUACACCGCACAAGGUGUACUAAAGGAAAAGUUCCUGGAAGAGUGUAUUGCCAUCAGCCGUGAUCCUCAAAAUUAUUCCUAUUGCAAAGAAUGCCCACUUGAAAUGUCAAAGAAUGAUGGCUGUUUAGAACCAUGUAAAGGACACUUGAAGAGGCAAUUUAUUAAAGAGUGCUGGAGCAAAUGUGGCUGCGGGAAACAUUGUGGCAAUCGGAUUGUCCAGCGUGGAAUAUCUCGCAACUUGCAGGUGUUUUUAACUUCAGAUGGAAAAGGAUGGGGUCUUCGUACCUUAGAGGAUCUUCCAAAAGGUGCAUUUGUAUGCGAGUUUGUUGGAGAAAUUUUGACCGUCGAAGAAUUGCAUGAGAGGAACUUGAAAUAUCCCAAAAGUGGGAAAUAUACGUACCCAAUUUUAUUGGAUGCAGAAUGGAACUCAGGAGUUGUAAAGGAUAACCAAGCUCUUUGCUUAUAUGCAGCAUCAUAUGGAAAUGCUGCGAGGUUUAUUAAUCACAGAUGUUUGGAUGCAAACUUGAUUGAGAUCCCGGUUGAAGUUGAGGGUCCAUCUCAUCACUAUUAUCAUUUUGCUUUCUUCACCUCCAGAAAAAUCGCAGCACACGAAGAGUUGACCUGGGACUAUGGCAUCGACUUUGAUGACGAUGAUCAGCCUGUCGAGCUGUUCCGGUGCAAAUGUGGCAGUAAAUUUUGCAGGAAUAUGAAGCGAUCAAAUAGAACCAUUAGAUCCUGAAUUGCUGGGUGAUAGUUAGGCAUUAUCGGCUAAACUACUUUUGCUGUCAGAGAUCCAUGCUGCUGGUUUAGUAAUGACUAACAAGACCCAGCUUACUGAAUCAGACUCUUAUUCUGUAUUUUUUUCUUCUAUUGUUCGGAGGUUGGAUUGUAGUUCUACAGCCAUCCGAAAACUAUGGGUGCUAUUUUGCAUCCCCAUUGCUACUAAAAAAUGUGAACAUGUUCUGAAAGUGUACUUUCUGGAUUGCAUAAAUUGUUUAGAAUUAGAAGUGUACUUCUAGGUGGCAAAAGUUGGUAAUUUUUCGGAUAUGUGCAUCCAAACUCUCUUGUUGAGGUGAGGGUUGGAGAAAGUGAUUUCCGAAAAUUAUUAGCCAUUCAUGGCCCAAAAAUUGAAAUAACCUUUUGGCACUAGCAAA